UAUGGUAUUUUAUUUCUAGCCUGCGCCAUUGAUAUUCCUGCGAAUGUUAAUAUUGAAUCACUCGUGGUUGAUGUAAAUUACAAUUUUUUCGUUCCUGUUCGUAUUGGUCACCGUACUGUUGAGUUAGCUCCUGGAACUCAGUUUUGGAUUGCAUGUCCUGGCGGUCAACUUACCGAUGGUCAAAUUAACUUACGCGCAGAUGGUGAAUUAAUGACAUGCCAAGGUGGGAGAGACAUUAUCACUGCGAAUGGACGACCCACCAACUACAACAAUAUUGCAUGCAAUCAUGUACCUAGAAUACCUCAAUUAACUGAGUCUUAUGUUAUUGGUAAAACCCUAUGCGAACGUGACAAUAUUGCUAUUACAGUAACUUACAAUGUAAACUAUACGUCGGUUGAUGUGAUUACCAUUUGUUUUGACGUUAACGCGCUGAAUCCGGUAUAUACGAGAGAACAAUUAACUCGUUGGGCGCGAGAAACUGUGAAUGCACAACCUCGUCCAAGGUUUAAAAAUUCCAUGAUUUACGGUGCAAUAAAUAUCAAUAACAUAUAUACGAACAUGGAUGCCAUUCUCACUAACUUAGGUGUUAACUUAAGUGGCAACACUUUCAGUAAAGGACAUCUUGCUCCAAGGGCCGAUUUUUUAUAUAAGUUUCAGAGAGAUGCAACAUUUUUUUACCCCAACGUAGCUCCCCAGAUCCUUGAGUUUAAUCGUGGAAAUUGGGAAAUACUGGAAAAUGCAAUUGCAGUUAUAACACAAACAGGGUUUUAUGGAGAUGCAACAGUUUUAACUGGAACAUUAAAUGUUCUUAAUGUAGCACAGAAUGGCACUGUGGCACCAUUAUAUUUAGUUCCAAAUACUCAUCAAAUACCUGUUCCAGAGUAUUUCUGGAAAUUUGUUUUCUAUCCUAAUGUGGGGGUGGCACAAGUGUUUUUUGGACUCAAUAAUCCCAUCCCAGACGCCGACCAGGGACAAAGGUUCGAGACACAAAUAUGUCCUAACGUGUUUCAAAACAUACAAGCGGACUGGCAGUUAGGGCAAAUAAAUAAUAACAAUCCGGUGAGAGGAAUUAUAUAUGCAUGCGACGUUGUCACCAUAAUUGACCCAUUAAUACGAGAGAUUACAACAAAUGUACUGAACGAAUUUGGUGUCACUGCUUCUCAACUAUCAACGAAAAAUUUAAACAGAAGAUAUGGAAACAAAAAUAUUCAAAGAAAACAAAAUUAUAGCGACAGGUUAAAUUCCCUUGCACAGAGUAUAUUCCUAAAAGUGUAA